AUGUCUGACAGAAGAAGCCCACGGAAAAGAUUACAUAGACAUGACGACAGAUCUGACGAUAGUUCCGAUGAGGAAAUCACAGAGAAUUACCAAACCAGAAAUACAGCACCUCAGAGACAUUUGGGCUCAUCGCCACCUGCUUCUGAUCUCCCUGACAUAGCGUCUUCUCCCAAUAUGGAGCCAUUUCCUGAGGAUUUGGAAGGAGAUGGAUUCAAUGUCAGGGACGAAGUUGAUGAUGAUCUACGUGAAUUGGAUGAUAACGAUGAGGAUGAGGAUGAAAUUGCCAAUGAACAACUGGAGACAGAUGAAGAAUUAGAGGAAGCAACUGGUCGAGACCUUAUUGGUGACGACAUGUUGGAUGACUACAAAGAAAGACCCGAGGAAGAUCGUUAUGACGAUCUAAACAUUGAUGACGAUGCGGUUGAUGAAAUGGAUUUGGGACAAAGGAGACAGGUAGAUCAACUUUUGAACUUGAGAGACGAUUUUUCAAGAAAUAACUUGGAUUUGGAUGAUGAUGAAAGUAUGGAUGGUCAGCAAUCCGAAGAUGAGUUUGGAUUGCCAACCCAAAGAACUAGAAGGAGAUUUGAAGAAGAUCUUAAUGACGAGGAACUAGGUGCAAAUGAAAUUACAUAUGCUCAGUUGAUUGAUAUCAAGGCGCCUUCUGUUCUUGAGUGGAUCUGUCAACCACAGGUCACGAGAACUAUUGCUAGGGAAUUCAAAUCCUUUCUUUUGGAGUUUGUUGAUAAAAAUGGUAGGUCUGUUUAUGGGCCAAAAAUCAGAGAAAUGGGUGAAAGUAAUAGUGAAUCUUUAGAAGUUUCUUUCUUUCACUUACUAACAUCUAAGGCUAUUUUGGUGGACUUUUUAAGGCAAUGCCCAGAAGAGAUGUUGAAAAUUUUCGACGUUGUCGCAAUGGAAGCAACUGAAAUCCAUUAUCCUGACUAUACCAGAAUUCAUUCAGAAAUCCAUGUUCGAAUUAUAGACUUCCCAGACUUGUUGAACUUAAGAGACUUAAGACAAUCACAUUUGAAUAACCUAGUUAAAAUCAGAGGUGUUGUUACUAGAAGAACUGGAAUCUUUCCACAGCUAAAAUACAUCAAAUUCGAUUGUCCUCGUUGUAAAACCGUUCUCGGACCUUUCUUUCAGGAUUCUAACCAGGAAAUCAAAAUACGAUUCUGCUCUAAUUGUGAAUAUCGGGGCAAAAUGCCAAUCAACUCUGAACAAACUGUCUACAGGAACUACCAGAGAAUUACUGUCCAGGAAUCACCUGGAUCCAUGCCUGCCGGCCGUUUGCCAAGACACAAAGAGGCUAUUCUAUUAUGGGACUUGGUAGAUAUUGCCAAACCUGGUGAAGAAAUUGAGUUGGUUGGUAUUUAUAAAAACUCUUAUGAUGGUGUUUUAAAUGCAAAGAAUGGAUUUCCUGUGUUUGCAACUGUUAUUGAAGCAAAUAAUAUAAAACGUCGGGAAGGAGGUUCUAUAUCAAGUGAUGAUGACUCGUCUCCGUACCAAAUAUCUUUGGAAGAUGAAAAAAUGUUCAAAAGUAUGUCCAACCAACCAGACAUUAUUGAUAAAAUCAUUUCCUCAAUGGCACCUUCUAUCUAUGGGCAUAAGUACAUCAAAACUGCAAUUGCCUGUGCUUUGUUUGGUGGUGUUCCGAAGGACGUCAAUGGUAAGCAUUCUAUAAGAGGAGAUAUCAAUGUUUUACUUUUAGGUGAUCCCGGAACUGCAAAAUCUCAAAUUUUGAAGUAUGUGGAGAAAACCGCAUAUAGAGCUGUAUUUUCGACAGGACAAGGUGCCUCUGCUGUUGGUUUGACUGCGUCUGUUCGAAAAGAUCCCGUAACAAAAGAGUGGACCUUAGAAGGUGGUGCAUUGGUGUUAGCUGACAAAGGCGUUUGUAUGAUUGAUGAAUUCGAUAAGAUGAACGAUCAAGAUCGUACCUCAAUCCAUGAGGCAAUGGAACAACAGUCGAUUUCUAUUUCAAAAGCUGGUAUUGUUACAACUUUACAAGCACGAUGUUCCGUUAUUGCAGCUGCCAACCCUAUUGGUGGUAGGUACAAUAGUACCGUCGAUUUACAAAGAAAUGUUAAUUUGACUGAACCUAUUUUAUCCAGAUUCGAUAUUAUCUGUGUUGUCAGGGAUUUGUGCAAUCCUGAAAAUGACGAAAGGUUAGCGACUUUCGUUGUUGAUUCCCAUAUGAGAUCAUAUCCUGAAGAGAAUGUUGACCUUGAAAAUGAUGAUGAUGAACCUAACAAUGAGGAAGAUAUAGCCGAUAAUUUGAAUGAUGAAAUAGUCAAGUCGAAGAGAAGGGAUAAGUUGGAAAAGAUUAAAAAGGCAAAGGAAAGUGAAAUUUCACCAAUUCCGCAAGAUAUCUUGACCAAGUACAUUUACUAUGCAAGGACUCGUAUUCAACCUAAGUUGAACCAGAUGGAUAUGGACAAAGUCUCAAGGGUAUACUCGGAUUUAAGAAAAGAAUCAAAUACUACAGGCUCCUUUCCAAUCACCGUUAGGCAUUUGGAAUCUAUUCUUAGAGCUGCCGAGGCAUUUGCUAAAAUGAGGCUGAGUCCCUAUGUUUCCAGUAGUGACUUGGACAGAGCAAUUAAGGUUAUUGUCGAUAGUUUUAUUGGUGCACAAAAGGUCAGUAUCAGAAGACAACUUCAAAGGAGUUUCAUGAAAUACACAUUGCCCCAUCGAUCCCAUAGAAGUGCAAGGAGCACAUCUUUUGCUGCGGGAACUACAGCUGGUGCGUAG